AUCAUUUUUCUUCUACUUUGUUUAAAUUCAUUUCGUUUUAUUUGGGUAACAAUAGCCAUUCAUAUACAUAUAUUCCAUGCACGUAAUUGAGAGCAAGAUGAAUAGAGUGAAAAAAGGGCAAGAGAAAAGCGAAGUUAUGGAAUUAAAAGAUGUAGCAGUUGCAAAUAUUAUCAAAGAUGGUGAUGAAGAAGAAGUAACACUUCCGGGCUUUCGAUUUCAUCCAACUGAUGAAGAGCUCGUUGGGUUUUAUCUAAGACGCAAAGUUGAAAACAAAAGAAUAAACAUUGAACUCAUCAAACAGAUUGACAUCUACAAAUAUGAUCCCUGGGAUCUUCCAAGGGCGAGCACAAUAGGGGAUAAAGAAUGGUAUUUUUUCUGCAUGAGGGGGAGAAAAUACAAGAACAGUGUAAGACCAAAUAGAGUAACAAGAUCUGGAUUCUGGAAAGCAACUGGGAUUGACAAGCCUGUUUAUUCUACUACCAAAUCACAAAAUCACGAUUGCAUCAUUGGCCUCAAAAAAUGUUUAGUAUAUUAUCGGGGAAGUGCUGGGAAAGGCACAAAAUCUGAUUGGAUGAUGCAUGAGUUUCGCCUCCCACCAACUUGGAAAACUACUUCUAAUAACCAGCUCCAAAAUACUCACGAAGCUGAAGUUUGGACACUAUGUAGAAUAUUCAAGAGGACUUCCAAUUACAAGAGAUACACACCAGAAGGGAAACAUCCCUUAGUUUCACUAAGCUUUGGGAAUGCAAGUCCUAAAACAUGUAGCCUUGAAUCUGAAAACAGUGGUGUCCACUCCACAAGCUUUAAACAAGUGUCGUUUCCACAAGAAAACAAUAAUGGUGAUGACAAUUUAAUGGAUGAAAGAAACCAUCAUUUCUAUCAACAACAUCUUUUCACAUCAUCCAGCUCAAGUUUUUGGAACACAAAUAUUAGUGAGGAGGAGGACUUGUUUAGUGAUGGGAAAUGGGAUGAGCUUAAAUCUGUUGUUGACUUAGCAACUGACCCGUCAAGUUUAUACAGAUGUAUGUAAAUAGGCUAGACGGCAUCAGAUUAGAUCUAUCAGUGACCGUUUCACAGAACGAUGAGUUAAGUAAGGGCCAGGAGGUUGAUAAAAGAACAUGACGAACCAUUUGUUGCUGGAUUGAAGUUUGAGAAGAGUUCAAAUUUAGCAAGUCAAGAUGUUCAAGCAAAGCUAAAAUGUUUCGACAAGAAGUGGCUAAAACGAAGUAGCAUCCUAUAUAAUUUUAUUGCAUGGUAUAGAAUAAAAAUAUUUUGCA